CGUCAUUCUUUAUUCAAUUUUUUAUUUUCUUUUUUCUUUUUCACUAAAUAAACUAAACUCAUCGCCUCUUCGCUCUCUUCUUUCUUUUCAUUUUUUCCAUAUAAAACUUGAAAUCUCAACCACGAACCAAGCUUUUCGCUUCACUUUCUUCCCGCACUCUCACUUCUAUCUCUACCUUUCGUCCUAAACCAAACCCUAACACUCUUCUCUUUCCAAUUUCUUUCACUGCACUCUCAGAUCUGUUACUCAAUUACUCGAUUCAUAUCGAUUUCAGGCGUUGGUUGGAUACCCGAUUCUGGAGUCAACUUCAGCGAAAAUUUGAGUCUGGCAUUGAUUUAUUCGUGGAUGCUGUGCGGUGGUUUUGGUUUUGUGUGGUUUGAAUUCUCAGAGGCUCUGUUCUUUGAUUUUGAUGGGAGAAGAAGUUGUUUGUGUGCAAGCAUUGGAAGAUGGAAGAACGGAAAAUAAAGAGGAAUCAAAGACGGAACUGAAACGUGACUAUAACCAAUGCGUUGCUGAUACCGAACCCGAUGUUUUUCCCAAUAAAAAACAAGCAAAAGAAGUUUCGAACGAUGAAGUGCGCUCUGAAGUUACAAAUCCCAACGCUUCUUCAACAGAGCAUGCACUAACCUUUCAUGAUAUCAGUAGCCAACUCACAGAAUCGGAAAAUGUUAACCAUGCAGAGUGUGGGGAACUUACAUCUACUUGUUUGGAAAAUUCUUCUAGUUCUCAUGAUACCACGAGUGAUGAAGCCGGUGAUCAGAAUAAUGACAACGAUAAUGAUAAUAACAAUAAUACUUCUCGGAAUGAUAAAAGUACGGAUAGCAACGAUGCAGUGAUGUCCCGUGUUGUGAUGGAAAUCCCGAAGCAUGCUAGUUCAACUGGUAUUAGAAAGAUUACUUUUAAGUUCAGUAAAAAGAAGGAGGACUAUGAUAAUGAUUAUCAAACAUCUGCUGGCUAUACUGAUGGAAAUGGCUAUGGCUAUGGCUAUCACGGGGAUGAUGAAUAUUUGGCAAAGGAUGAUUCUAAUAGUGGGUUUUUAGAGACCUCAUAUGGCACGGGAUAUGUUCCUUAUGAAGAUUCAGAUUUGUAUUCUGGAAAUAUGGAAUUGAAAAUGUCAAAGAAAGUCGUCCCUAACUGCUUCCCCACAAAUGUCAAAAAGCUGUUAUCAACUGGUAUCCUUGAUGGAGCUGCAGUAAAAUAUAUCUACAAUCCCGGAAAGGUUGAGCUCGAUGGGAUUAUUGGUGGUGGUGGGUAUUUGUGUGGCUGUUCAAUGUGCAGUUACUCUAGAGUGCUCAGUGCCUAUGAGUUUGAGCAGCAUGCUGGUGCUAAGACUAGACAUCCAAAUAAUCAUAUAUUCCUAGAAAAUGGAAAACCAAUUUAUAGCAUCAUACACGAAAUAAAAACCGCUCCAAACAGCAUGCCAGAUGAGAUUAUAAAGAAUGUGGCUGGUUCAUCUAUCAACGAGGAAUCCUUCCAGGUUUGGAAAGAAAGUCUCCUACAAAGCAACAGGAAGGUUCCAACUCAUAAAAACUACAGUACAAAGUUUACUGGCAUGCGUCAUACACACAACAGUCAAUCUAUAGAAAGUGCGAGCCACUUCUCAUCUUCACGUGCGCGAAAUCAUUUUGAGCAGCAAAUGUAUGUGAACCAGACAACUGAUGAGUGGAAACGAGUGGUGAAGAAGCCAAGCACAUACCCUUACAACUCAGGUAUACUGCAGAAGAGAAGUGCUGAUGGUUGCACUAAGAAAAGGUUCUUGUUUUGUUUUAUGUUUUUUCCAGUUGAGGAUUCUUGCGCUGUUUUCUAUUUCUCACUAGCAUCUCCAUAUGAACUGAAAUAUCUUAGCUACUGUAGUUUGAAAUUUGAAUUGGAUUUUUCUUUUUUCAGGGACAAUGAUUUGCACAGGUUACUUUUUAUGCCUAAUGGCCUACCAGACGGUGCUGAGUUGGCUUACUAUGUCAAAGGACAGAAACUACUUGGAGGUUACAAACAAGGAAACGGUAUAGUCUGUGGUUGUUGUGAUGUAGAGAUAAGCCCUUCACAGUUUGAAGCCCAUGCUGGAAUGGCGGCUAGGCGUCAACCUUACCGCCACAUAUAUACUUCCAAUGGAUUGACACUUCAUGAUAUAGCUCUGUCUUUGGCAAAUGGUCAAAACCUUACUACGGGAGAUAGUGAUGAUAUGUGUGCAAUAUGUGGAGAUGGAGGAGAUUUGAUUCUUUGCAAUGGAUGUCCUAGAGCCUUUCAUGCAGCCUGCUUAGGAUUAAACGGUGUACCAGAUAGUGGUUGGCAUUGUCUAAAUUGUAAAGAUAAUACGGGUGAUGGAGGAGGUGCGAGGCCAAUCAUGAUUCGGUUGACACGGGUUGAUAAAGAACCAGAAUAUGAAAUGGGUGGAUGUGUUGUUUGCAGGGAAAAUGAUUUCAGUGUUGAUACAUUUGAUGACCGAACAGUAAUAAUUUGUGAUCAGUGUGAGAAGGAGUAUCAUGUUGGUUGCUUGCGGGACAUUGGGCUAUGUGAGUUGGAAGAGCUUCCAAAGGAUAAGUGGUUUUGUUGCGACGACUGUAAUCGAAUAUAUGUGGCUCUACAGAAUUCAGUUUCUGCUGGAGCAGAUACAAUACCAUCUUCCUUGUCUGAACUUAUAAUUAGGAAGCACGAAGAGAGGGGGUUAUGUACGUAUGGAAGCAUGAAUGAUAUUCAGUGGAGAAUUUUAAGUGGAAAAAGUCGUUAUCCCGAGCAUUUACCGUUACUUUCACGAGCUGCUGCAAUUUUUCGAGAGUGUUUUGAUCCCAUUGUUGCAAUAUCUGGUCGUGACCUGAUUCCUGUUAUGGUCUAUGGGAGAAAUAUUUCUGGCCAAGAAUUCGGGGGAAUGUAUUGCAUUGUUUUAAUUGUGAAUUCUGUCGUAGUAUCUGCCGGGCUUCUUAGGAUUUUUGGCUGCAACAUUGCUGAGCUUCCCCUGGUUGCUACAAGUAGAGAGCAUCAAGGAAAAGGUUAUUUUCAAGUGCUGUUCUCUUGCAUAGAGAGGUUGUUGUCUUCUCUAAAUGUAGAAAAGCUGGUGCUCCCUGCUGCAGGGGAUGCAGAGUCAAUUUGGACUAAGAAAUUAGGCUUUCACAAGAUGAGUGAAGAUCAGUUAUCCAAAUAUCUUAAAGAGGUGCAGCUCACCCUCUUCAACAAAACUUCAGUGCUGGAGAAGACUGUGCAGCUGGUGACCGAAUGAUAUGCUUUAUCUGGUGUUGUAACUAAAUUUUGGUUAUCUAUUCAUUUUAUAGCAUUUUCCUCAGUGUAACAUUGCUUCUAUGUUCUUGCUUAGCUAUAUUGUUUUUCCUUUUCCUAUA